AAUCACCGAUCCGCCCAGUCUCAAGACACGCAAAGAUAAAAGGGCAACAAUGAUCAGCCCUCCUCUUGGCGACGCCACCAUAACUUUGCAAACUGCUGACUGUCUGUGUCCUAUCCUUCUCUUUACACCUUGACCUUGUUCCUUUCUUCCUUUCCAAUUUUCUACUUUUCCCCUUCAAGCAAAGCAAUGAAAGUACCGUUUUCCGACCACAACCCACCUCAUACCCCAUCCACCCUCGCCACCGAGCCCAAAUCCGUCCUCGACCUCCGCCGGAGCCCCAGCCCCGUUUCCCGGAAGCCUCUUCCCUCCGCCGCCGCCAUUAACGCCACUCACCGCUCCCUCGCCGGCUCCGACCAGGACGACCCUUUUGCAGACCACCGCCUCGACGAUUGGGACUCCUUGAUGAAAGAAUUGGGCUUGAAUGACGAUUCUGCCCCUGUUUCCAAACCUCCGCCGGGAAUUGCUUCCGCUUACGACCCCCAGAUUCCGGCCAACAACUCCUACUCCGCCUUCCCCGACUUGCCGCCGCCGCCGGUUAACGCCUUCGACACGAAUCAGUUUCUGCCGGCUGAUUUCGGCCUCGCCGCUGAAAUUCCGCCGCCGUACCCCGCCGUGCCGAUUUUUCAUAACCCUAAUAUUUUCGAGUCCGUCUGCCCCGGCGGCUCCGAGUUCGACGAUUUGAUCCGACUCGCCGAGUGCUUCGACACCAACUCGCUUCAGUUAGGGCAGGCGAUACUGGCGCGGCUCAAUCCGCGGCUCGGCUCCCCCGCCGGCGAGCCUCUCCAGCGCGCCGCCUUCUAUUUCAAGGAAGCGCUCCGGUCCAUGCUUCCCGGGUCGACCCGACCCGAUCUCCGGCAGCCGGAUUCUAUGGAGAUCAUCGAAACUAUUAAAGCUCAGAAGACCUUCUCCAGCAUAUCUCCGAUACCGAUGUUCUCCAGCUUCGCUGCGAACCAGGCCGUACUCGAAGCUUUGGAGGCCUUCAAUAAUGUCCACGUCGUCGAUUUCGACGUCGGUUUGGGUGGGCAGUGGGCUUCGUUCAUGAAGGCGCUCGCCGAAAAGGCAGAAUCAAGGAAGCGCGCCGGCGCCGCCGUGCCGGCGCUGCGAAUAUCCGCCGUUGUUUCCGACGAUUACGCCGUCGAGUCGGCGCUGAUCAGGGAGAAUUUGACUCAAUUCGCGCGAGAAUUGAACAUCGAUUGUGAAAUCGAUUUCAUCUCGAUGAAAGCCUUCGAGUACCUAAAUUUCCAGGCGAUGAAAUUCACACACGGCGAGAAAGUGGCGGCCAUCUUAUCGCCGGCGGUCUUCCGCCGCGCCGGAAUUGGGUUCCUGACCAAUCUCCGGCAGAUCUCCCCGAGCGUGGUGGUGAACGUCGACGCCGAAGGUCAGAUGAACUCCGGGCCUUCCUCUUAUCGGCAGGUUGUGAUCGAAGGCCUGGAGUUUUACUCCACUCUACUCGAAUCCCUGGAAGCAGCCACCAUCAACGGCGCCGGAGACUGGAUGAAGAACAUCGAGAAAUACGUCGUGUUCCCCAAGAUUCUGGAGAUGGUGGCGGCGGCGGCGGCGGAGGCCCGCCGCGGAAUGACGUGUAAGGAGGCGCUGGUGGCGGCGGGGCUGAGACAAGUCGGGUCGAGCCAAUUCGCGGAGUUUCAAGCCGAGUGUCUGCUGAGAAGAGUGCAAGUCAGAGGAUUCCACGUGGCGAAACGUCAGGCCGAGAUGCUGCUUUGCUGGCACAAUAGGCCUAUCGUCGCCACGUCAUCUUGGAAGUAUUAGUCCAUCUGUCAGUCUACGUGUCUGUCCUAGUCUUUAAUUAGAAGCAGAAACUAUUUCCAAUUAGAUCAAACCCCUCCAAAAAAAUGAAAAGAAAAAAAAAAAAACCCUAUUUCAUCAACAGCAAGCAAAUCACUGGAAAUCCAACAACUUAAAUU